AUGUUCCGUGGUUUGAGCAGUUGGUUUGGCUUGGAGCAGCCGGCGACGGGUGGCCGGCAGUCCCAGGGAGACGGACAGCCCAUGGGACACUCUCCACCCGAUCAGCGCUCCGAGGCGGUGGCGGAGUCAGCGGAGGGGGAGCCACAGCUAGCUACGAACCAGGAGCUCCUUCAUCAGGCCAAGGGCCUAGGCAACUAUCUGUUUAACUUUGCAACCGCUGCUACAAAAAAAAUAACUGAAUCAGUUGCUGAAACAGCACAAACAAUAAAGAAAUCAGUAGAAGAAGGAAAGAUAGAUGACAUCAUUGAUAAGACAAUUAUAGGAGAUUUUCAUAAGGAACAGAAAAAAUUUGUUGAGGAGCAGAAUACAAAAAAGUCAGAAGUAGCAGUGCCACCAUGGGUUGAUAGUAAUGAUGAAGAAACAAUUCAACAACAAAUCUUGGCCCUGUCAGCUGACAAGAGGAACUUCCUUCGUGACCCUCCAGCCGGGGUGCAGUUUAACUUUGACUUUGAUCAGAUGUACCCCGUCGCACUGGUCAUGCUCCAAGAGGACGAGCUGCUGAGCAGGAUGAGAUUUGACCUUGUUCCUAAACUCGUGAAGGAAGACGUGUUUUGGAGGAACUACUUCUACCGCGUCUCCCUAAUUAAGCAGUCGGCCCAGCUCACAGCCCUGGCAGCCCAGCAGCAAGCUGCUGGGAAGGAGGAGAAGAACCACGGCAGACAGAAUGAGUUGCCGCUGACAGAGGCAGUACGGCCCAAAACACCACCUGUCGUAAUCAAAUCUCAGCUUAAAACUCAAGAGGAUGAAGAGGAGAUUUCUACCAGCCCAUGUGUUUCUGAGUUUGUCAGUGAUGCCUUCGAUUCCUGUAACUUGGAUCAGGAGGACCUGAGGAAGGAAAUGGAGCAGCUGGUGCUGGACAAAAAAGAGGAGGGGACAGUCGCACUGGAAGAGGAUUCUGUAGAUUGGGAGAAGGAACUACAACAGGAACUUCAGGAAUAUGAAGUGGUGGCAGAAUCAGAGAAGCGAGAUGAAAACUGGGAUAAGGAAAUAGAGGAAAUGCUGAAGGAGGAAAAUUAA